GUUGAAAAUGUCCACUUCUGAUGAUAUAGGACUCCACAGCAAUGAAAAUCCUCCACUUCCUGUAAACAGAAACAAAAAGAUAUGUCAUUACUUCUAUACUCAAGAUCAGUCUUUGGCCUUGCUGGCCAAAGCUUUGGACAUACCCACUGAUCGACUUCCAUCUGAGGCUAAACAAAUUCACAAUCAAUGUAAAGGCAUGCCUUUACUUAUAUCGAAGUUUGCCACAGAAUUCGAAACACUCAAAGAACAGCUAAUCAAUAGUGAAGAACGUUGGCAACAUUAUCAGAAAAAAAGAUUAAUCGAAAAAAUCGCCAAGUUUUUGGAUACAUCCAUUAAGGAGCUUGACCCAGACCUUCAAAACAAGUUUUACAAAUUGGCGAUCUUUGAUACUGAUGUGAAUAUACCCUCCAAGACAUUGGGACACCUGUGGGGAUUAAACCAUCUGGAGGUGGAUGAAAAGAUGAUUGUUUUCUGUCAAAAAGGUUUGGCUGUACGAAAAUGGCAGGAAAAACUGAAGACCUACGUUUAUAUAAUAAAUGAAACCGUACUAUCUCACCUAAAAUUUAAACUACGUCCGAAGAAAUUAAAGAAACUGCAUCGAUUACUUAUCCAAAAAUAUCGGGAAGUUUGCAAGAAUGAUUUCGCGAAGCUGCCCGACGAUAAUUACAGUUAUACAUAUAUUGGUCAUCAUCUGGAGCAAGCUCAGUUGUACGAGCUGUUUGAGGUGUAUUUAAAUUUGGAAUUCAUCCAAGCAAAAAUUGUAAACGCAGGGUUAAGUGACUUACUUAAGGACAUACAAAUAUACGAGAAGCACAUCAUUCGUAAUUCUAGAGAAAUUAAAUUAGAUAACUUAAUAUCAUUUCUUAAAGACCAGAGGAAAAUUAUAACGCAACAUCAGAUUCGAAACUGCCUUGAUGUGGUUCAGGUCGUAUUUUACCAAACAAAGGAUGUAUUUUGGAUGCAUCAAGCUAGAAAAUUAGCAAAGAAAAGGUCUACCAGUCUCUACAUAUCUGCCAUCAAGAAUGUGGAAAAUGAUGGUGUUACAUCAACAUCUACCGAAUCGACCAUUGCUUCCUUCAAUAAAGACAUCUCCGCAAUUUGUAUCACUAAAGAGACCAAUUCUCUUCUGGUAGCCACAGCAGAUGGCGGAAUUCAUCUUAAGAAUGUUGAUACCCUAAAAUCUCAAUAUUUUUCCGGAUUUCACGAGAAGAUAAUUACAAAACUGAUUUUGGCACACGAAGCAAAAUGUUUUCUGGCAUUAAGUGACGAGGGAAAAGCGAAGCUCUUUUUUCUCAAUGGUCAGGAAAUGUCCGAUAAUGGAAAUAACAAUCUAAAUCCAAGAGAGAAACAAAAAUUUUGGACUGGAUUUUUUAGAAACGAGGAUGACAGUUGCCAGACUUUUGUUAUUGAGAAUGAUCUUCUUGCAGAUAUCUCUUUCUCUCCAGAUGAUAAAUUCAUCGUCGGUUGUACUCCAAAAGGGACUAUACAGGUGUGGAAUAAGAGUGGAGACAAGUUGCAAACAAUCAAAAUGAGCAAUAACUGUUUUAGUAAGAUGACAUUUACAACAGACCUUUAUCAAAAUCUCCUUUUGCAUGUCAUGGAUGAAAAGUUAUGCCUACUCGUUGUCUAUCAAUAUGGAAACAACAAGUUUGAAUACAAAACAUUAUACAAUCCAUCGACUCUGAAAGAGGGAGAGAAGAUGAAAAUAAUAUUCUUGGGAGGAUUGCCUAAUGAAAAAAACAGUCUCAUUUUUGUUUCUCAAAAUAAGGCAGUGCAUGUUAGGUGGCUUCAAGAAGCAAAACAUCAUCAGAUUCUUAAUUUCAUAAAGCGAACAAUAACUGGUAUCAAUGAACCAGAUGCGGUUUUCGUUGGCGCAGCUUUAACUCAUGACGGACAAAACUUAAUUAUAGCGAAAUCUGAUGGGUGGAUUAAUGUUUGGAGAGUGUAUGCUUCUUUUGAACCUGUGGCUUUUUUCAAAGGAACGGUCACAAGUUUGGAUACGCACUGGAUAAAGGACCAGGGACAUCACCGGUUUUUUGGAAGCCAAAACGGACUGAUUUAUAAGUGGGAACUGAAUAAAAUUCAAGAUUCCAAACCUUUGAUUAAACCAUUGUUCAAUGCGAUAAUGAAACCCUUGGGUGAAGAUGACAUUGUGGUUAAACGAACAGCUCAACACAAAAUUGAUAUCUUUCGAGGAAAAAGAGAUUUUUGGAAAAAAAUGUCUGAAGUUGUUUUAGCUGAAGGAUUAGUUACUACCAUGAUAUUGAGUGAAGAUGGCAAAAACCUAAUUUACGAUCAUAUCAAUGCAAAAAAAAGACAAGAGAUUUUCCAUUUUGAUAUCCAAAGGAGAAUUUCCAACCGCAUCGAUACUCUUGAAACCGUUUCAAACUUUAUCAAGAUUGUUACCAAUCUAGAAACUGGUGUUGCUCUCAUCUAUCAGAAUAAUAGCAACAAUUUAUCUGGAGCAAAAAGCAUCCUACGUAGUAAAAGAUACUGGAGAUGUGCUUUCAAUUUACGAGAUGGAUAA